AUGUCUUUUAGGAAUUUUGACAUAUUCCCUUUCAUUUCACCGACAAUUUUUCUUUCUAUUUUUCUUUCUUUCUUUCUUUCUUUCUUUCUUUUUUUCUUUCUUUCUUUCUUUGUUUCUUUCUUUUUUUUUUCUUUCUUUCUUUCUUUCUUUCUUUUCUCUUUCUUUCUUUUUUCGUUCUUACUUUCUUUCUUUCUUUUUUACUGUCUUUCUUUUUUCUUUCUCUCUUUUCUUGUUUCUUUUUCUUUGUUUCUUUCUUUUUUCUUUGUUUCUUUGUCUUUUUCUUUCUUUCUUUCUUUCUUUCUUUCUUUGUCUUUUUCUUUUCUCUUUCUUUCUUUCUUUCUGUCUUUCUUUUUUCUUUCUCUCUUUCUUUCUUUCUUUUUCUUUUUUCUUUCUUUUUUCUUUGCUUCUUUGUCUUUUUCUUUCUUUUUCUUUCUUUUUUCUUUCUUUCUUUGUUUCGGGUUAUCUGAUGCGAACUUUACCAAUCUCUCUAUCUCAACGCACAGCUUUCUGCCCUUUUCAGGUUCAUGGUCAUACCACUUUUGGGUUCAGUUGCUUGAAAAGCGAAUCGUGUUCAUGAGACGUAGCUUGGCCGUUUCAGAAUCGGUAGCAAAUCUGCAGUUUGUGUCUCAGUCGCAAACGGCGUGUGACAAAGCCUUACACGACUAUCUCAGUUUGAUUCUAUCUAUCUAUCUAUAUAUCUAUCUAUCUAUCUAUCUAUCUAUCUAUCUAUCUAUUAUAUACCCUGAGAUACAUCUAUCUAUCUAUCUAUCUAUCUAUCUAUCUAUUUAUCUAUCUAUCUAUCUAUCUAUCUAUCUUGAUCUGUCCAUAUCAGUCUAUAUCUUCCUGACAUAUCUAUCCAUAAAUCUCUCUAGCUUCUAUUUAUUUCUGACAGUUCAUAUUUAUCUCAGUCUUUUCAUAUCUCAUAUCUAUCUAUCUAUCUAUCUAUCUAUCUAUCUAUUUCAGUCUAUUUCAUAUCUUUCCUUAUAUUUCCCGUUAAAUCUUUGUUAA